CACGAAACACUCAACUUUCGCUCCUUCAACAAGUCCGGCAUAAUCUAUCGCCGCAUUUCAGCUCAUGGCAUUUGGCUCAUAAUCCUCCUUUCCCAGUGUCGUCCUGCUUGACUGCCAUCCAUUUUGUUCCCACUAUGGGCUUCGUGGCAGUAUGUACGGCAGUUUACGAUUACCAGCCGCAAAGCACCGGUGAACUAGAGAUCAAAGAGGGAGAGCUACUAUAUAUCCUUGAGAAGAGCGCGGAAGAUGACUGGUGGAAGGCGAAGAAGAAGGCAGCUGGAGACGAUGAUGAUGAACCAGAAGGGCUGAUCCCAAAUAAUUACGUCGAGGAGGCCAAUCCGACACACAGCGCAAGGGCACUGUACGACUAUACUCGGCAGACGGACGAGGAGGUCUCAUUCACCGAAGAUGCUGCGCUUGACGUAUACGAUACCUCGGACCCCGACUGGACCUUGGUUGGCAUAGGCGGUGAGUUCGGCUUCGCGCCUGCGAACUAUAUCGACAUUACUGGCGAUGCGUCCUCGUCUUCCCCAGCGGCUUCUUCCAGGCAGGCUGCUCCAGCUGCACCAGAGCCCGCCAUGCCAACACUCCCGACGCGAGCACCUCAAAGUCCCGCCGCAGCCAGCCUCGCCCGCGUCCUUGGAGGAGGUGCUCCCACUUCACCUACAGCUGCCCGCCGCAUCCAGUCACCACCACGGCAAGAACUCACGCCGGAAGCAUCGGACGACGACGAAGAAGCCCCAGCUCUGCCACAAAGACCUCAAUCCCAGGCGCGGCCUCCUCCAAUCUCCUACGCCUCCCAAGACGACGAAUCACAGGGAGUUCUUCCCUCUCCUCCCUAUAAUCGCGCGAUUGGACGGCCUGAUGAUGACGAUGCGCCAAUCAACUCUCCGGGUGGUUAUCAUUUGUACAACAUAAACGAGAUGGUUUCGGCCAUGGGCCGCAGAAGAAAGAUGCCCACCACAUUGGGCAUCAAUAUUGCGACAGGUACAAUCAUGCUGUCUCCGGAGAAGUCAAGAGACGGCCCUUCGCAGGAAUGGACCGCUGAUAAGAUGACGCAUUACUCCAUUGAGGGCAAGCAUGUCUUUAUCGAGCUCGUCAGACCCAGUAAAAGUCUAGACCUUCAUGCCGGCGCCAAAGACACCGCCGAGGAGAUUGUCCGUGCCCUUGGCGAAAUCGCCGGAGCGCAGCGCGCGGAAGGCAUAAGAGAAGUCAUUGAGGCGGCUUCUGGCGGCGCUAGCCACAAGAAGGGGCAAAUCCUCUACGAUUUCAUGGCUCAGGGUGAUGACGAGGUCACAGUUGGCGUAGGAGAUGAAGUCAUUGUCCUGGAUGAUACUAAAUCGGAGGAAUGGUGGAACGUGAGGCGUCUCAAGAAUGGCAAAGAAGGCGUUGUGCCGAGUAGCUAUAUCGAGGUGACCGGAUUCGUCAACGUUGAGCCGCCAUCGCGAUCCGGCAUCAAUGCCGGCCUAUCCACCAUCGAACAGAACCGGCUGGAGGAGCAAAGGCUGGCCAGAGAAGCAGCAAGGGCGGACAAAGCCCGCCAAGAAGCCGAACAGGCACGGUCGCGCAACGAGAUCCCUCAGCGCGGUAGCAGUCUUGCAGACGACCAGUCAAGUCGCAGAGACCGCAAAGACAAAGAUGACCGGAAGAAACGAUCCAAGCCCGAUACAGCUAAAGUACGGACGUGGACUGACCACUCUGGAACUUUCAAAGUUGAGGCCCAAUUCCUAGGAGUGGCAGACGGCAAGAUCCAUCUGCACAAAGUCAAUGGCGUCAAAAUCGCCGUUCCCGUGACGAAAAUGUCGCCAGAAGACCUCGAAUAUAUUGAGAAGGUGACGAACGAGUCGAUUGAGGAUCACAUCCCAGUGGCUGAUUUGAUCAAGAAACGCCGAAGUCAGCAAUCAUCAAUGGACCAAACUAAUUCUCGAAGCGGAGCCAGCAUCGUACCUCGCGGUUCCGACCAACCUAAGGUCCCUGAUUAUGACUGGUUUGACUUCUUCCUAAAGGCCGGCGUGGGACCGCAUCAGUGUGAAAGAUAUGCUCAGGCGAUGGUACGAGACUCCAUGGACGAGAGUGUGCUACCAGAUAUCACACCGGAGACUCUACGUACCUUGGGGUUGAAGGAGGGCGAUACACUCAAAGUCAUGAAGUAUCUCGACCAGAGAUUCGGAAGAACCAGGUCUGCAAGCGUCAAUGGGACCAAUGGCGAGGCUCCGGCAGGAGGUAUAUUUUCAGGUCCUGGUGGGGCACUGCACAAUAACACUCGCAGAGGCAGGCCUGAUGCCAAUCGCCAGACCAACGACGUUGUCGAUGCAGAAGCAUUUUCGACCGUGGACAGCGACACUAAACCCAGGACCGAGGCAAAAGCGACACCUUUGGCAGAGGGGCCUUCAAGAGAGCCGAGAGGUGGGUUUGAUGAUGAUGCAUGGACUGUGAAGCCGGCACCACAAUCCGCUGCUCCAACACCGGCACCGGCGGCUGCCAAACCACCCACAGGCGCCAUCCGAGAUCUGUCUCUGCUGGAUGCUCCCCUCGUGCCGACACCUGCGCAACCCCCGGCACCGGCAGCCUCUCAGCCAGCGCCAGCAUCACAACCGCAGCCAGCUCCUCCCGUACAACAACCGCAGCAGACAGGAGCCAAUGCACAAUUCUUUGCACAGCUGCCCCCUCAGCAGACUGGAAUACAGCCACAGCAGACAGGUUACCAGCCUCAGCAGAUGAACCCACCACGUCAGAGACCCAUGGCGCCACAAAGUUUUACUGGUGCAAGUCUUCUACCCCCACCGCCACGGCCAACGUCUGCACCACAGAAUCCUCAGCAGAGUCAGUUUGGCCUUCAAGCUUUGCAACCACAACUUACUGGUAUUCCACGGACUUCGGCACUGCAAGCACCUCCUGGUCAGAGUUUGAAUGAUCUUAACCAGCAACGUUUGCAACAACAAUACCAACAGAUGCAGUUGCAAAGUCAACCAACUGGCUAUGGUCAAUUUGGUCUGGUUUCACAACCUACUGGCUUCCAACAACAACAGCAAUUUCCGCAAUUCCAGCAGCCAUAUCUUAACGGGAACGCUGCUGGAAGUCCUUUUGCAGACCCUCGCCCGUCGUUCCAACCACAACCUACCGGGAUUCCCUACCAGCAAAGUCCAGCACCUGGCGGUGUGAACUCCGUUCUUCCACCGGCUCUACAGCCACAGAGAACUGGGUAUACAGCACCGCUCCAGCAAGCCCAAAGCAAUGGUUUUGGUCAAGGCAUCCAACCCCAGCCUACAGGGUUCGGUCAGCCUCAGCCGUUUCAAGCUCAGCCUCAGCCGUUUCAACCCCAGCCUACAGGCUUCCAACAGCAACUUCAGCCACAGCCGACAGGAUUUGGUCAACCACCACAACAGAAUGGGUUCCAAAGCUUUUCGCCGCCACCAAUCCCUCAAUUCCCUACCGUUGCACCAUUGCAGGCACAGAAAACCGGGCCGGCUCCCAACAUCAAGUUCGGAUCAACAGCGAAGAAAUUGACCCCUCAACCUACAGGUCGCCGUGCAAAUCUUGCCAAUGCUACCGCUGACAAUCCCUUUGGGUUUUGAUGUUAUAUACUGGAAUGCACCUGGCGCUCUGCAACCCAUGGCGUUCUACAAAUUUCGUGCCUGAACACCUGUCGGUUACCGUCACACGCACAUUUCUACUGUUGUGCAGCAUCAUCGAUAUCGGCCGCUAGCAUGAGGGAACACGGGAAGGGCUGCUCGAGGCUAGGGGUCAUCUCCCAAGCCGUUCCUUUCAUGACCAAGGCCUAUAUCUG